AUGAUGGAAGCUAGGAAGAUCAAGUACGAUGUCAUCGGACUGACAGAGACGAAAAAGCAUCACCCGCUGCACGCUGUAUUUGAGAUUGGAGAAGAACUGUUUCUGGGAACAUGCGACACCAGAGGUGUCGGCGGCGUAAGUGUCCUCGUAUAUAUGCACUUGGUCAUGAACAUCGAUUUGUACGAAAGCUUGACAACCCGAAUAGGACGUUUGCGAUCGAAGAGAUGUGGCUCAAUCCCAGCUCGAACCACCUUCGUUGCCUACGCACCCACAUCAAGCCCUGAAGAAGAGGAGUUGGAAGCGUUCUAUAUGGAUCUGGAGAGGCUUUACAGAGAAGGCCAUACAUUCUUCAAGGCCAUCGUCAGUGAUUUCAACGCCAAACUUGCCCCAGAAAAACGGCUGAAGAGCUCGACGUCGGGGCUCAAGGAAUGGGAUGGAAUGAGCAGGGCGAAAGACUGUCCGAGUUUAUCAUGUCGGCCCACACCAUCCAUGGUAACUCGCAAUUCCAGAAGUCCUCUCAUUUGCGAUGGAAAUGAGUGA